AUGGUGCAACAUCACAGCUGCCAGAUGCCACCUGUGUCUCCGGCGAUGAUGCCGCCGGAGGUGAAGCUCAUCGACUUCGGAUUGGCGAUGAUCACCAGCCACGAGGUCUUGGGCCGCUCCGGCUCAGUGAUCGGCUCUGCGGACUACUUGGCACCAGAGGCCGGGCAUAUCAGCAACCUCCCGGCUUCCGAUGUCUGGAGCGCCGGCAUGGUGCUACAUGCCAUGCUGUGCGGCAGCCUGCCGAAGUGGGAUGAGAACACAAAGGAAUUGGAUUUCGAGACUUCGAUCUACAAGUCCUUGUCUUCCUCAGCCCGAGACUUGUUGAAAGGCCUCCUGGUCCUGGAUCCCUCCCUACGGCUCCAGGCAGCAGCGGCCCUGGGGCACCCGUGGACACAGGGCCUGGAGUCGCGAACACCCAAGGACUUGACACCAACACUGACGUCCUUUGUGGCCUUCCACCGCAGUGCCAAGCUGCGGCGCGCUGCGCUGGCAGCUUUAGCCACGCAGCUCACGAGCUGGCAGCUGCGGGAUCUUCGGGAGCAGUUCUUGUUGGUCGACGCAAACGGCGAUGGCCGGAUUUCGAAAGAGGAUUUGACAAUGUCUAUCGCACUUUCAUCUCCAGGUGGCGCGGCUGAAGACGUGCGAAGCUGGGUCGAGGCGAUAUUCGACUCUGUGUUUCUUGAAGGUGAUCGACACAUCGAAUACACUGAAUGGUUGGCAGCCGUACUGCAGCAAGGUCACUGUGUCUCGGAGGAGGCUGUGCGAGCCGCCUUCCGCAUCUUCGACACAGAUGGCGACGGCUAUAUCUGCCAGGGCGAGCUGGGGCAGGUGCUUGCACAGACGCCCGAGGAGGUUGCCAGCUUCUUCUCCGACUUUGACACGAACGGUGACGGUGUGUUGGACUUCAACGAGUUCAAAGGUAUUUUUGCUGGAGGUGACAAAGACGAAGCCUCCGUACACUUCAAGCUGCAUUCUCCGUGUUGCCACAGCGUGGUGUCACUGUGA